AUGAAGUUUCUCGAAGUUGCAGCACUCGACCAUAUAAAUAGUGCUCUCGUGUUUGACACACCGGAAUGUAAAGUGUUUGGUCGUAUAGAACCCUAUUCGUGUAAAGUAGCAGGCGCUGACAAAAAGUUAUACAAAUAUCUUGAGGGUCGUUACAAUGAAGAAAUAUCAAACUUUUCUUCGAGUGUCUCGCCUGAAAAUAAUUUAAAUGAUAUAAUAUCACCGUUCGGUCCCAUGAACCAAACGUCCACACGAAGGACUUUGUUCAACCUGAUCGCCACUCUGAACGCUUCUUAUCCUGAUUAUGAUUUUUCCGAUGUAAAACCGGAACAGUUUGUCAAACAACCGUCAAUAUCUAAUGUCUGUAAUUACAUAAACAACACUCUCUUCAAUCUACAACACGGAUGGAUAGUCACCGAUUUAAAUCUCUGGAAGAUUGUUGAUGAUAUUAUAGACUUGGAAGAAUGUGACGUGUAUUCUUUUGAUCCUGAUAUGGAUUCCGAUCCAAAUACUGAAGAAGGAGCAAUAUGGUCAUUUAAUUUCUUCUUCUAUAAUAAAAAAAUGAAACGAAUUUUGUACUUUACGGUGCGAGGGUUAAGUGUGAAUGCUCCACUUCAGGAGGACGAAUCAUUAAGUGGCUCUAGUAGCGAUUCUGAACUAAUUAGCCGGGCCAUGCCAUACGAAGAAUAUGUGAUGGGCGAUAUUGAGAUGUGA